AUGAACGGUUUCAGCACGGGCGAAGAGGAUUCAAGAGGCCCCACUGAUCAGAUUUGUUGUUUGAUCGAAAACGGUGAUCGGUGCUCUAAGCCGGCUGGGAACGCGUCGUACAGCAAGAGGAUCCAAAAAACUGUAGCACAAAGGAGGUUGAACCUUGGCAUUGAUAAUAACGCAAGACACAACUAUAUCUGUGAUUUCCACAAAAUGAUCAUACAAUGUGCUAGAAACAAGAGAAGACGGAAGGAUUCAGAAGAUGACUCCAAUGAAACUGAUACAGAUGUACCUGAGGUGGAUCUUUAUCAGCUCCAAGUGAACACUCUGAGGAGGUACAAACGACAUUACAAGGUGCCAAUGAGGCAAGGGCUCAAUAAAGCUCAACUGGCUGAUACUCUGAUGAAGCACUUCAAAACAAUUCCUGUGAAGGAAAAGGAAGUUCUGACAUUCUUCAUCUAUACAGUGAAAACAAAUGCCAACAAACUGGACCAGAAAAAUGGCAUUAAUAAUGACACAAACUAA